AUGCAUUCAGAAAAAGUAACAAAGUCGAACGAGCUGACGCCUGCUCAACGUGCUUCGAUGGAGGGGGAGCCGAAGGUCGGUGAUAUCGAAGCGGAAGUCACCCAUGACGCAGUGUUUGGCGAAAUCACCGAGGAUGGGCCAAACUACAGGAAUGUUGGUUGGGUGGGCACAGCUGUCCUGAUGAUGAAGACACAGAUUGGACUUGGUGUCCUUUCUAUCCCCGAAGCCUUUAACGUCUUGGGUCUCAUUCCCGGGAUUAUUAUUCUACUCAGCAUCGCGUGCAUUACAACUUGGUCGAAUUACAUGGUCGGUGUCUUCAAACUUCUCCAUCCCGAAGUUUAUAGUCUCGACGACGUUGGUCGAAUGCUGUUUGGACGGGUUGGACUUUGGUGCUUCGGUGCCGCAUAUACUCUCUACUGGAUUUUUGUUGCCGGCUCGGGCAUGUUAGGUCUAUCGAUCGCUUUGAACGCCGUUUCUUUACAUGGCACAUGCACUGCCGUUUUCGUUGCUGUUGCUGCUAUUGCAGGGUUUGGCUUGUCCAGUAUACAGACGCUCGGUCGUAUUACCUGGCUGGCUUGGGUUGGUCUUUCUACUAUCCUUACUGCCAUUUUUACUGUUACGAUUGCUGUUGGCGUUCAAGACCGCCCAGCAGACGCGCCACAAGACGGUCCUUGGGCCUCUGACUACAAACUUUUUGGCAACCCCUCGUUCGAAGAAGCUAUAUCGGCUGUAUCUUCGCUCGUUUUUGCAUUUGCCGGAACCACCGCGUUCUUUGCCAUUGUGUCCGAGAUGCGUGAUCCGAAGAUGUAUACACGGUCCCUGCUCAUCUGCCAAUCCACUGUAACCGCUACCUACAUAAUUAUUGGCACCGUUGUGUACUAUUUCUGCGGCUCGUAUGUUGCAUCACCGGCUCUUGGUUCCGCCGGCCCGCUGGUCAAGAGAAUUGCGUACGGUUUAGCGCUGCCAGGACUGCUGGUCACAACUACGCUUGUCAUUCAUUUACCCGCCAAAUUUAUCUUUGUCCGCAUGUGGACUGGCAGUCGACAUCUAGUUGAAAAUACACCCACCCAUUGGAUCUCAUGGAUAGGGUGCACCUUAGGUACCACAGUCAUUGCCUACGUAAUCGCGAGUGCCAUUCCUGUCUUUGGAGGACUUAUAUCGCUUAUCGGUGCCCUUCUCGGUACCUUCAUGUCAUUCCAGCCCAUGGGGUGCAUGUGGUUGUACGACAACUGGUGUAAAAAGGAGCGAAACUUGCAUUGGCAUUGGAUGGUUUUCUUUAGUGUCUUCGUUAUUGUAUCGGGAACAUUCCUUACGAUUGCCGGCACUUACGGAUCCAUUGUUGGUAUCAUCAACUCGUACAACGAGUCAGGAGGUUCAGCGGCAUGGUCAUGCGCUGACAACUCUAACUCUGUAUGA